GAAUGAGGAAGAAGAAGGUUGAUAAGUGAGGAGUAGGGAGAGGGAAGGGUCCUUGGUCACCCCCACCUUCAAGCAGGGAACCUCAGAGGUGGGCCUUUGGGCAGGUCCCCACCCACUGUGCAGAGCAGCGAGGUAGCCUUCCCCUAAAUCGGGGCUUCCCCGGGCACCCCCCGCCCGCCCAACUCACUGCCUGCUCUGUGACCUGGGCCAAAUCCCUUCCCACCCGUGGACCUCAGUUUCCUCCUCCGUCAAAUGGGGAUUCACUCCCCGGUCUCCCUCCUACUUGGAGUGCGAGCCCCUUGUGGGACAAGGACCGUGUCCCACCAGCUUCAUCGGUGCCCGUCCUAGUGAGAUUGUGGAGAUUGAGGUACAGCGGUACGUGUAGCCUCGUGUCGUGUUGAUAAAACGAGGGGCCUGGCCCGACAUGGCGGAGGACCGGGGACCGACCCCGCAGUUCAAGCGUCCGGCCGAGUCCCCGCCCCCGCCGGACACCAGCAGCACCUAUCGCAGCGCCCGGCACUCUCAGGCCUUGCUCGGCGGACUGGUGGCCCUCCGCGACAGCGGGACCCUCUUCGACGUGGUCCUCGUGGUGGAAGGGAAGCCGAUCGAAGCCCACCGCCUCCUCCUCGCCGCCUCCUGUGACUAUUUCAGAGGAAUGUUUGCUGGGGGACUGAGGGAAGUGAAGCAAGAAGAGGUCCCCAUCCAUGGCGUCUCCCACAGUGCCAUGUGUAAAAUCCUGAAUUUCAUCUACACCUCCGAGCUGGAGCUCAGUUUGGCCGAUGUGCAGGAGACCCUGGCGGCUGCCUGCCAGCUUCAGAUGAGGGAACUGAGGGCCGGAGGCGUGAAGCGGCGUGCCCAAGGGGACGCAGCAGACACGUGGCAGAAGCCGGGAUCGGAACCCACAUCCUCUGACUCCCGGGCCCGGCCUCUUGCCCCCGGGCCUCCCUGCUUGUCUCCCGACUCCCAGCCGGCCCCGUCCUACGCCACCCCGCCCUCCCGCUUCACGAUCCCCGAAGUCAUCGGUUUCUGCUGCGAUUUCCUGCUGGCGUGGGUGGACGAGGAGAACAUCCUGGACGUGUACCGCCUGGCCGGCCUCUUCCACCUGGCCCACCUGGCCGACCAGCUGGACGCCUACGUCCUCGGCCACUUCCCGGCCUUCUGCCGGAGCCCCGCCUACCGCCGGCUCCCCCCGGACAAGGUCCGCUCCCUCCUCGGCAGCGACCGGCUCCGGGUGGACAGCGAGCGGGAGGUCCUGACGGGCGUCCUCCUCUACCAUUUCCCCCCCGAGGUGGCGGACGCCGGGCGGGUGCCCCCGGCGGUGCCGCCGGACCUGCUGGACGCGGUGCGUUUCCCCCUCAUGGACCUGGCGUCCCUGCGGGGUCUGCGGGCCCAGCUGGAGCCGGGCCCGCUGCGCGACCGGGUGGCCGGGGCCCUGGCCUACCACCGGGACGAGGGCCUGCAGCCCGUGCGGCAGAGCGCCCAGACGGAGCUGCGGUCGCGGCGGCGCUGCGUGGUGGGCUUCGGGGGCAAGCACUCCACGGUCCUCAGCAACCACGCGCGGUACCUGGACCCCCGGGCCCAGGAGUGGCGGCGCCUCGCCGCCUCCCUGGGCCCGCUCAUGUCCAACCAGGGCGUCGCCGUCCUCAACAACUUCGCCUUCCUCGUCGGCGGCGACAACGACGUGCGGGGUUUCCACGCCGAGGCCCGGUGCUGGAGGUAUGACCCGCGGCACAAUCAGUGGUUCCAGAUCCAGCCCCUUCAGCGGGCACACGCCGACCUGUGCGUGUGCGUGGUGGGCAGGUUCAUCUAUGCCAUCGCCGGGCGGGACUAUCACACGGACCUGAAGGAGGUAGAACGCUACGAUCCCGCCACCGACACCUGGCAGUACGUGGCCCCCCUCAAGGGAGAGGCAACUUCUGGGAGCAGCUGGCGGACGGCCCCGUCAACCGCGCCUGGCACGGGAUGGCGGCGCUCCUGGGCCGCCUCUACGUCAUCGGCGGCAGCAACGACGACGCCGGCUACCGGAGAGACGUCCACCAGGUGGCCUGCUUCAACCCGAGCACCGGCCAGUGGACGUCGGUCCACCCGCUCCCGGCCGGCCACGGGGAGCCCGGGAUCGCCGUGCUGGACAACAGGAUCUACGUGCUGGGGGGCCGGUCUCACAACCGCGGGAUCUGCAUGGACUACGUCCACGUCUACGAUGCGGAGAAGGACCGGUGGGAGGAGGGCCCUCCCCUGGAGAUGGACAUCUCGGGCUUGGCCGCCUGCGUCCUCACCCUCCCCCGAACCAUCCCGAACGGAACCAACCUCCGGAACCCGGAGUGGCACCUGGAAUGCGAGGAGGACGACCCCCAGGACUCCGUGGCCGACAUGGCGAGCUUCCCCGACUCGGACUGACCACGCCGGCGGGGACCCGAAGGUGGCCACGGGGAGGUGGCGGACGCUCGUCCCCGACACGGAGACCGCACCGGGGGGCGGGGAGACCCGAGGCGGGCGAGGCGCCGCGCUCCUCCCGGCGGGUGCGGGAUCGGGUGGCUUUGAUCGAUCCACGAGCGGCACCAUCUCGCCUCCCCGCGUGGCGCAGGCCGGCCCGGAGGAUCCAUCAAAGAGCACGUUAAGCGACGUUCGUUAGGAAGAAGCAAACCGAUACGUCCUCCUCGUGCCGCGGAGGAGGAGCGUGCCGAUGAGGGUGCCCCGUGUUUUGAUAAUUACUACAUUUCAUCGAUGGGGGCGGGACCUUCUCGCAAGGGGCUUCGGUGGGCCCGGACUCGGUUCCACAGAAACCAUCCCGGCUUGCGUCAUCAGUUGUCGGUCCCCCCGGGAACACGCUUCCCCCGUAGCAGGCCGAGAGAACAUUUGGAUUCGACCACCCCCCCCCGGAUCCGACCGAGCCGGUGACCUUGGAAGGCCAGGCCCCCUCUUCCCACCCCUCGGUUUCCCCUCUUGGGUAGGGUGACCUCGGGGCCGUGGCAGAGCCGCAUGGCGCCUGGUUCUCGGAGUGACGGAGAGCAGUCGGGCUGCCCGCUGCUUUGGAAAGUUCAUCGAGGGCUGGGCGUGGUUUCUAAACGAAAUAAAAGAUCUCUCCGUCA